UGAAGAGUUUUAGAGAAGAAGCGGAGAAACGGCGGCUUUGUGCUCAGAUUGACUUCAAAACAGCUUUAAAAGUCCUUAUUUGGACCCAUCCGGUCUGUUUAACGUCCAGAACCGUCGCGGAUUUUAAUAGCGGUCAGUAUUGGGUUUUGUUGAGCUGAGUGAAGCCUGAGGCUCUGGAUCGAGAUGAGUGACCUAGAACCACUGACGUUUUCCUCUGUAGAAGAGGAGCGGGAUUACUGGAAGGAGCAGGCAGCUAACCACCAGCAGAGGGCUGAGGAGGUUCAGGAGGAGCUGCAGGAGUUCCAGCAGAUGAGUCGUGAUUAUGAAGUGGAGUUGGAGAUGGAGCUGAAACAGUGCGAGGCUCGAAACCGUGACCUGCUCACUGCCAACAACCGGCUGCGCAUGGAGCUGGAAAACUAUAAGGAGAAGUAUGAGGUGCAGCACUCGGAGGCCUGCAGGCAGAUUUCUACUCUAGAGGGGGACCUUGCAGAGACCACUGCCAUAAAGGACCAGUUACAGAAAUACAUCCGUGAGCUCGAGCAGGCCAACGAUGACCUGGAGAGAGCCAAAAGGGCCACUAUCAUGUCCCUUGAGGAUUUCGAGCAGAGGAUGAAUCAUGUCAUAGAGCGAAACGCUUUCCUGGAAAGCGAACUGGAUGAAAAGGAGAAUCUGCUGGAGUCGGUGCAGAGGCUGAAAGACGAGGCCAGAGAUCUGAGGCAGGAAUUGGCUGUUAAACAGAAGCAGGAGCGUAAACCCUCCCUCAGUGUUUCUGUUGACGGAGAGAAAGCAGAGACCCCAACCCGGACCCCUGGUGCCUCUCUCCUGACCACACCACCCAGACCCCCUGGCUCCAGCAGCGCCUUCAACACACCCCCAUCGUCCUACAGUCGGAUUGAAGGUCUAACCGGGACUCCGCUGACCACGUCUGCCCGGAUAUCUGCCCUCAACAUCGUCGGAGAGCUGCUGAGGAAAGUGGGGAAUUUAGAGUCAAAGCUGGCAUCGUGUCGUGAGUUACACAUGCAGGACAGAACGCCAAGCCGCUCGCUGAUCACCCAGAGCGCACAGAUGGCCUCACGGGAGACAAUAGAAAACCAGUCCAAUGGCAAUGGCCUCUACGACAAGGGGUUGGUGAAGCGGUUGGACUUCAGUCAGGGAUCUAAGAUUGUGCUGUGAAUAAGUCUGUCGCCCUCUGGCUCGGACCCCCUCCUGCACAUAGUAUUAACUACCAACAUUUCUUAAUGCACAAUAACACAUUCGUUUAAAUGAACUGAUGUGUGAAUAUUGCUAGCUCUCAGUAUCCUUCUUCCUGCUGACUCUGCAGUAUGAAGGGUGUUUGGACCAGAUGAACGUUUCACUGCUUUAUUACUACUGUUAGAGCAGCACUGCUGACUCCUGCAUUGCUGUGUAUAUAUUUACAGCCUGUGUUUGUCCGCUGACACUGUGUCUAACACUGGGCUUGUGUUUACUAGCUUCUGCUUAGAUGUCUGUUUAUCAGGUGA